GUCGGGUCGCUCGGUCGGCUUUUCGGAGCUUGAGGUUGUGUGGCGGGUGUGGUUCAGUUCCCGAUGCACCACAAUGCGGUAAUCCCAUACCCAUAGAGCACCAGAGAGUACCUAGGCGAGCUAGGUACGGAGGUAGGUACUUGCCUACCAUAUCAACCUUGGUGAUACUUGUACUGUGCUCCUACUCCACCACCAAUACAGCGUGUGCUUUCAACCUGAAUACCCUCAUCCACCAACCACCACAAUGUCGGAAUCCAAAGGAAUUUCUCUCAGGACGAAGAGGAAGGGCCCGCGCCCCACGAUUGGUGCACCGCAGCAAAUCUCAGGUCCUAUACCUCAGACGGGAGGUGGUCCUCGAGGCCCUCCAACAGCUUACAACCCACCUCCCCAGGCGCGGCCGCAACCAAGUGGAAAGGUAAGGCCUUUCCGUCGCGGAAUCAAAGCAUCGUAGUCUAAUGUAACUGUAGACUUCUGAUCUGGUGAAAAAAAGAUACUCGACCCGUUUCAAUAACCUUCCCUCCGACUUUGACGCGACUGCCCCCCCUCUUCCAUCGAUUCCACAACUUCCCAAUCAACAUGCGCAAGCUAGUUCUCGCGGUGCACCACCUCCAAGUCUACGGAGUGGUCCAGGACUGACCGUGGACGUGAAGGCAUUACGGGAUCCGAAUCUGCGCCCUGAGAAAUAUAUAGCUGGAUUGCUAGGGAAUGCCUCGGAACAGGAAAUUGACGAAUACCAGCAAUCAUUGAAGAAAAUGCGCAAUCGUACCUCGGUUGACCUUCAGCAAAAUGUUUAUCAGAACCGAACUCAGUUUAUCAAAAUUAGCAAAGAGGCAGAACGGUUGAAAGGAGAAAUGCGCGCCCUCAGAAAUCUGAUGUCAGAGCUCAAAACCAACACAAAUGCUCUCCGUACUGUCUCUUCUCAGGGAUCAGGUGGUAAUGAUUUUGAAACUGGAUUUCCCUCGACCUUAAGCAAGAGGGACAAGAGAAGCUCUGUAGCGGAUCGAACUGCGAUGUGGAAUUCCCAACUUCAGGUGUGUUUCUAUUCCCCGUUGCAUAUGAACCCAACUUAAGUACUAAAUUGAACCAGGCUUUGUGGAAAAACGUUGAAGGUUCCCAAAAGUUUCUGCCAGCAUUGCCUGGUCGCCACGUCGUACAAAACGCAGGUUUAUGGAUCGAGUUGGAUAGCGCGACAUGGAAAUCCAGAAGAGCCAUGCAAAUCUUCUUACUCAAUGAUCACCUUCUUAUUGCUUCGAGAAAAAAGAGAAAGGUUGAGGGAAGCGCCGCUGACCAACGGCAAGCGCCAUCGAAACUUGUAGCCGACAAAUGCUGGUCUUUGUUGGAUAUUGAGCUGGUCGACCUUGCUGGGACUAGUGAGUCAAGUAGCAGUAGAAACAAAGUUGCUGACGCUAUUAUGAUUCGUGGUGUCGGGCAAGAGUCCUUUACCUAUAAGACAGAAAAGCCAGGGGACAACGAUAAAUCAUCCUUGAUGAUGAAUUUUAGAAAAGCGGUGGAAGAGUUACGAAAAGGCCUCAGGUCUGAAAUGGAGUCGAGUAACAAGGCCAAAGAGACUAUCAAUUACUUUGCCUCACGCGAUCCGGGAUUGCUGAAGAAGACAGAAUUACUCGGAACACUAUCUGACAUCAAAGACAUGUUAAUUGACGUUGAUGGGAAGCAGCAAAAUUUACGAUGGGUUGAGAGUCAGGUGGACGAGCUUGACAUUGAUAUUGCUCUUCAGCAGUUUGAUGCAGCCGUUGUUCGUGUCGAAAAACUCAAUGCAUUAGCUCGGGGACUCAAAAGCAAUGUGGUUGCCCAAGACUUUAUAAGCUUUAAAGCCGAUGAGCGAGCCACCAAACUUGCGGGCCUCAUCACCCGUGAGCUUGUAGACACGCAUAAUGAACUGAAAAAGACGAAGAGGAAUAUUAGUUGGUUAGCAAGACUAGGGUUCGAAGAUCGUGCGAGAGAAGCAUAUCUUGAAGCGCGAGGCAAUACAAUCCACAAACGUUCGAGGUAUGUACAGUCGGUCCUAGACGCGCAUAGAAUACUAAUAAAUUUCAGGCAAUGCAUUUUCGAGGGAGACCUUCGCCAGUAUAUCUGGGAAUUGUCGUUUGUAUACUUUACCAUCAUUCGCAAUACCGUGUCUACAUUUCAGACUUGCUUUCCGCCGUUGCUCAUGAGUGCCUGUGUCAAAUGGGCUAAAGAGCAGGUGGAUGCAUUUAAUAUUAUACUUGCGCGCCAACUUAGUAGCACGGAUCGAGAUGGGGAGGCUUGGACAGCAUGUAUGGAUCAAGCCAAAGAACAUGCGAAGAUGCUCCAAGAGGUUGGUCUGGAUUUCAAGAGCCUUAUUGGGCGGGCUCCUAUCAAGGACCAACAGAAUAGCAAUGGGUUGGGUGUUUCUAUGUAGUUGGUGAGGUUGAUAGACAUGAAUUGGUUUAAUUCCCCCUCAAAACAAAAAUAUGCGAAUGUUCACUACCUACCUAUAAUAUGAUUGUGAGUUGUACUGAAUUUACAUAUAAUUGGUGUUGAUAAAAGAUAAAAUUGUGUAUUUUCCACAGAUAUAUUUAAUUCACGUAUAAACGACUGUAUCGCGUCAUUCACUAAUUUAUAUGCUCGUGACUCGUACCCAAAUGGAGCCCUCAGAGGGCGCUGGUUGGGACAGCGGUUGAGGCGUCCCGCAAAGCCUUGUCCUGUCCUGCACAGUAAGCGAAACAAAUCAACCUCCCAAGAAGUGGAAGGAGGCCGCACCUCCAAAAGCGACCCUGCCCUCUACAUACCCAUCAACAUUCUGUGAUACCCAACCCACUUACAUCCUCAACAUUGCUCAGCUUGCCUUUCACGUACCUCUCUCCCUCUGGUAAGAACCAGAUCCAGAUCCAGAUCGCAUCCAUCCUAGGAACCCUCCCCAGGGCCCUCCUUUUACAUCCCACGCACGCGCGUGCCCUUGUCGUCACUCGAGCUUGAGCUCCCCUCCCCGCCAUCAUCGUCAGCCUCCUUGUCUCAUCCUCGAAUUUGCGCGCCCCAGCACUCAAAGCACAUCAUGGAUACCAACAUGGAAGAUGUUAGCAGGGCCCCCGAACCUCCUCGGGUGUCGCCCAUUACAGAGCCGGCAUCAAUACCUACUCUGGAUGGAUGGAUUGAGGCAUUGAUGCAAUGCAAGCAAUUGGCCGAGGUGGAUGUGCAAAGACUCUGCGAGAAGGUACGUUGGCUAGCAGAUGCAGAAAUUCUUUUCGCAAGAGAAGGCGCUUGGAAGGCAGCUCUGACAGUGUGCAUAGGCUCGAGAAGUAUUGCAGGAGGAGUCGAAUGUGCAGCCGGUGGUAGGUAACCUCCGCAAAGAGAAGAAAGGUCGCCCGACUAACUCGCCCUUAGAAAUGCCCUGUGACGGUUUGUGGAGAUAUUCAUGGUCAAUUUCAUGAUUUGAUGGAACUGUUCAGAAUUGGUGGCCCCAAUCCAGACACCAACUACCUCUUCAUGGGUACGUACCGCGAAUACCCUUCCUUUUUUUUCUAUCUGCGGGCUAACGGAGUACGACAGGUGAUUAUGUUGACCGAGGAUACUAUUCUGUCGAGACCGUUACUCUCCUUGUCGCGCUCAAAAUCCGAUAUCCUAGCAGAAUUACCAUUCUUCGAGGCAAUCACGAAUCUCGCCAGAUCACCCAAGUCUACGGUUUUUACGAUGAAUGUCUCCGAAAAUAUGGAAAUGCAAACGUUUGGAAAUACUUCACCGAUCUGUUUGAUUACCUACCCCUCACCGCCCUCAUCGACAACCAAAUCUUCUGCCUCCACGGAGGUCUCUCCCCCAGUAUUGAUACCCUCGAUAACAUCAAAGCCCUCGAUCGUAUACAAGAGGUUCCCCAUGAAGGUCCUAUGUGCGAUCUAUUGUGGUCGGAUCCAGAUGACAGAUGCGGAUGGGGAAUAUCUCCUCGAGGAGCGGGGUAUACCUUUGGACAGGAUAUUUCAGAAGCUUUCAAUCAUAACAAUGGUUUGACGUUGGUUGCCAGAGCCCAUCAGUUGGUCAUGGAAGGAUACAAUUGGUCUCAGGAUCGAAACGUGGUUACUAUCUUCUCAGGUAAGGAGGAAUCCACCGACGUUGUUUGUGUUUCAAUAUUCACUAACUUUUCAUAGCUCCAAACUAUUGCUACAGAUGUGGUAACCAGGCGGCCAUCAUGGAGAUUGAUGAGCAUUUGAAAUACACAUUGUGAGUGACACUUGAUCUUAGCAAUCAAUUUAAGUGGGUGUACAAGGCUAACAAAAAAAUCUAGCCUGCAAUUUGAUCCCUGCCCAAGAGCUGGCGAGCCGAUGGUUUCACGACGUUUGUUUCCCCUCACGACCCCAGAAUCUUCGAAGGCUAAUCUAGAUAGGUACUCCCGACUACUUCCUUUAAACAAGAAAUAUCACGAGGGGUAUUCAUCGCAAUGGUGCGUAUUACGAGAGCAACCUUUUGAAGCGAGGAAAACUUAUGUUUGCGUAUAAAAAGACACGCUAUGGGUGUUUCCUUUGGGUUAAUAACCAUGUGAUAUGCCUCGGACUCGAGGUCGGUGAGAAAUGAUUCAGUCCUUUGGUGCAAAGCGAAUUCUUUCUUGUAGACUUGCAUUAGACUUCUUACAGGAAUGCAAAACAAAAAAACAACAGUUGACGAUAUACCCUUCUGUGUUUUCAAGGUAAGGGGUUCAAGACGUAUCUAUUUCACCACGCGAUGAGGGUUUUUUCUUUUGAAAGUAGUUUAUGAAGAAACCUUUGUGCGUUGUGGGCUGGAAGGCUGGAAGGGUGUAAUGGGUGCAAGUAGAGAUAAGAUACAUUCGUGGUUGUUGAGGUUAAAUUAUGAUUCUUUUUUCGCAAGACAUGGG